AAAAACUUGUGAUUGACAUUCUUUUAUGAACGUGCAAAUCACUUUUUUUAAGGGAUUUUAUGACCUGGUAACUAAGACCCUUAGGUCAAGUCUUGUUUUAAUUUAUAUUCUUAUUUUUAUGAAAAAUGUUAAUAUGGACUGAAAUGAAAUGAAGAUGAUUAAUUUGAGACAUUAAUCAACUGGGAUGAAAUUAAAUGAAACGUGUUGAGAUGAUAUGAUAUGAAAUAUAUAAUCUCAGUAAAAUGGUGGUCAUUUACUGAAUUUUUUUUUCAGUGAACUUUUUAGAGGAUCCCGAGAAGUUGCGUCCAGAGGCUUUGUUUUAUUUUCCCACAUUUGUACACUUUCACAGAUACUAAAUAGUUAAUAAACCACCGUUAUUACACAUUUAAACCUGAAGAAACACUAAAUAGACGAAAUAAAACAAAUUUUAAUCACACUUCACUCCUCGCGUUCCCGCCAAAAAGUCCGCAAAUAAUUUUGAAUAUGUAUACAUAUUUGAAGUGUUGUUUAUUUAUUACUUAUAAAUUAAGAAUAAAAAAUCAUUUAGCCCCUUUACAUUUGAACAACCAUUCGUUUUGUGGCAGUCUUACUAAACUAUGUUUUAGUGACGACAUUUGAAAUGUGAAUAAUUGUGUUUGAACAAUUGGAAAUAGUUCGGCUUUUUUUAAUUUUCUUAAGAAUAUUAUGGCAAUGGUACAUAAAAAGACAAGACAAGUUCAAAUUCUAUCGUAGAAUAUGGCUACAACUAAUCUAAAACCUUAAUUCAGUUAUUGGAGAUGCCCAGAAGACUGAAUAGCUGACGCCGACAGAGCACGUGCUUAUAGAAAAAGGAAAAAAGAUCUUGAUGCCAUGCCCAGUACUAAUACCGUUCAAAGUGGUGAGCCUGUAUCUGAAAAUAUUGUUACAUCAAAACUGCAAUAUCAAAGGCAAUUAAAUGCGGAACGAUGCCGCAGGUAUCGUCAAAAAUGGAAGCGGCUAAAAUCGAAUGCCAAUUUUAACCGCGGUACUAGUGACAGCAAUACAAGUACAAGUCGAGAUACAAGUACAAGUCGAGAAUUAAUUGUUAAUCCAGAGGAAUUUCAAAACUCGUCAGAUCACCCUCAACAAUUUUUCAACCAUGAAUCUUCGCUGCAGGCUCCUGAAAAUACAACUGGAAAUGCAAACAACACUACUCCUGCGGGCGCACGCUGUCGUCGGUACCGACGAAGGCUCAAUGCACGAAGAACUCUCGCAAAAGAAAAUCCUUCAUCGAUCUAUACAUUGUAUAUGAGACAUAACGGAGCUCAUAAUCUUUUUAAAAAUUUAUUUGAGGAUAAUCCAUUUGGAUUUGCGUGCACUGUUUGUGAUAGAUUAUGGUUCAAAAAUGAUUUGAAAUCUCCACCUUUAUCGUGCAGUGCAAUCUUAGAACAAAUAUGCCCAACUGUCUCGUUGGAAGACAUUCUUGUGUGUGCGACCUGUAAAACCUCGUUAACUGCUGGAAAAAUACCAAAUUUGGCCGUGUACAAUGGAUUUAAGUAUCCGCCUAAGCCUAAUCUCCCUGAAUUAGAUUUAGUGUCCGAACGAUUAAUAUCACCGAGAUUACCCUUUAUGCAAAUUCGACGACUAAGAUACGUACAGGGGCAAUAUGGAAUCGCUGGACAAGUAAUCAAUGUGCCCGUUGACGUUGAUAACAUGGUCCAAACUCUGCCUCGAAAUAUAGAGGAUGAUUAUUGUAUAAAUGUACACAUAAAAAAACGUUUAAUUCACAAAUCUAGUUAUUUGCGUGGAUUAGUGAAAAAGGGGAUUGUUAAAGACUGGCUCAGUUAUCUUGUAGCUACUCCGCUUUAUAAGCAUUAUGGCAUUAAAAUUUGUCAGAAUUUCUUGGGAGACUUAACCGAUGAGAGUGAAAAUCAAAUUGUUGUUUUAGACGAUAUCGCUGAACCAAUUGAAAUUGAAGAUAGUCUAGACGCUGAACAGCAUACUCUCUUAUGGUCGGAGGAUAAAUAUUUACAAAUUGCACCGGGAGAGAAUAAAAGACCUAUAAGCUUGCUGUUUGAUUCUCAUGCAGAAGAAUUGUCUUUCCCAGCAAUUUACUAUGGACAAUUUCGGAAAUUCAAAGAUGAUGUUAAUUGUAAGGCAUACUCGGUUGCAACAAGCGAAUUGCGGCGCUCUGAUCGACGAGGAGUUACUCCUCGCCACUUGCUCUACUUAGCCAUGAAGAUUAUGCGACUUCGAGUGAGUGAAAACAUCAGUAUUGCUUUUAAACCUAUAGGACAAGGCAUAAACAUAACAAAAGACCAGAUAUUAUCCUCUGAAUAUCUUAAUGGCUGUAUGGACUCAAACUUGGCUUUUCUUAAAUCGAUACCGAAUUCAGUACAAUAUUGGCAAAGUCGAAAGAAAGACCUAUUUGCAAUGAUCCGGCAACUUGGUAAGCCAACAGUAUUUUUAACGAUGAGUGCCAAUGAAAUAUCAUGGAAAUGGCUUUUGAAAACUUUGCAUAAAUUGAAAUAUGGCACGGAGAUAACUGAUUUAGAAAUUGAUCAGCUGCAUUAUAAAGUCAAGGCAGAAUUAAUAAAUGAAGAUGCUGUGACAUGCGCCAUUUAUUUCAAUAAACUCGUCAAUGUCAUCAUGAAAAUUCUCCAACAUAAAACGGUUAGCCCAUUCGUAUCGAGCACAGAAGCGUCAGGAAAUAUUAAUCUCGUCACACACCAUCACACUUUUGCAUGUUAUAAAAAUAAUCAAAAUCGACGAAAAUGCAGAUUCAACGCCCCUUUCAUGCCUAGUCGGUCAACGAUACUACUCAAGCCUUUGGCUAAAUCUACUGAUGGUGAAAGAUACGCUUAUGAUGUGUAUAAGAAAAGAUAUAAAACAAUACACCAAAAUCUCGAAAACAAUAACUACGAUGAUAUUGAUGAUUUUUAUAAUAAAAAUAACAUUAAAUCAGAUGAGGACUAUCAUAAAAUUCUAUCUGCUGGAAUUUUAAGGCCAAUGGUUUUCGUUAAACGGCACCCUAAUGAAAAAUGGCAUAACUUCUUUAAUCCAUUUAUAUUUCACCAUUUGCAGUCGAACAUGGAUAUCCAAUACAUAACAGAUGAGUAUUCCUGUGCUGCAUUCGUUGUGGAGUAUGUAAACGAAUCGAAUCGAGGCACUAGUAAUCUUCAGCGGGAACUACUGAAUCUUUUGGAAGAAAAUCCAAAUUUAGAUUUAGUUGAAAUAACAAAACAUAUGAGUGUUAAUAUUUUAAAUACAAUAGAAAUGUCUAGCCAAGAAGCAGCAUGGUUUCUUCUUAGGGAACCAAUGUCUAAAUCAACGCUUAAGGUUGAAUUCAUACCUACGAUGUGGCCUCAGGAACGUCAUCGUAUUCGAAAAACAGAGAAAGAAUUAGAAAGACUUUCUGAUAACGAUACCAAUAUUUGGAAAGAAAACUGUUUCGAAAAAUACGAAAAUCGACCUGCAGAAUUAGAAGAUAUUUCGUUGAUUCAGUUUGUUGCUUGGUAUGCAGUGAAAUCUGAACGAAACCCGUCGGAACCUGAAAUUACAGACGAAAAUUCGAAUUCAGAAGAUGAAGUAGCCAUUGAAGAAGGGUUAGCACCAGAAGAAAACAUUAAUCAAGAAAGUAAUAAAGUAUAUUACCGUCGGAAAACUCCAAGGAUCGUACGCUAUCGACAUUACGAUAUGGCAAAUCAAAUGUUAGACUACAAACGUGAAAUGGUUACUUUGUACAUUCCAUUUCGUAAUGAAGAAAGGGACAUUUUGGCUGAAAUGCGAUUCAAUCAAAUUUAUGAAGAAAACGAACAACUGAUUUUAGCUCGUCGUGAAGAGUUUGAAUCAAAUUUAGAUAUUGACAAAAUUAUUGAAGCAUAUAGAAAAUUAUGUCACCCUGAUGAAAAUGAGGAAGACCUUGAAAUUUUGCCGCUUAUACAACAUGAUGCAAAUCCAUUUAUUGAAUUUUACAACAAUCCAGACUCAGGUAAAAUAACCAUGGAGUCUGUCAACACUUUAAAACGAAUGGCAGAUAUUGAUUUUAACAAGCCCGUAGAAGUAGAAGUAACAAUAAUUAAUGAUGAAGAGAUUGAAUUUGUUUCUAACUGGGUCACAGAUUAUAAAAUAGACAAUAUAUCAAAUAAUUUUCCCAUUGAGAAUAACGCUGUUCGCACAAAGAGCAAUUAUGCACAUGAAAGAAAUCCAUUCCCAAGAGAAGAAUGCAUAUCGUUUGACAGAAAUAAAGAUAUAGCGUGGACAAAUAAAAGUUUAUCAAAAUAUAUUAACCAACAUUGUGAAUUGACAAACAACAUUCAACUGCGCGAUAUGGUCGACUCGGUCUCGAGUAAUUUAAUUAAAAUGAUAAAAAAAUUAAAUCAGUGGUACCAACAAAAAAUUUAUGAAGACUAUCCUAAGAACAUUACAAACUCACAAUAUACGAAUAUAAAAUUUUACUAUUUCAAUUUGUCGUAUAACGCUGUAACAAACAUUAUCCUACCUCUAAGUAAAACAGAAAACUUUAAUGAGUCGUUCAUUGAGCGCACAUUUGAAAUUGCUAAAGCAAACAAAAUUGGCACCCACCUUAAGCAAAUAGAAGAAUUGUACUACGAAAUGUUAGAGUGGAUUAAACGCAUAAAUCUUAGUGAAUUCACUUUGAAACAAAAUAAUCCUUCAUUCAGCAAAUCUGAUUUCACAAAUAAACAAAGAGCUAUAAAUACGGAAAUCAUAAUGAAUCAAGAUACAAGUAACCAACAUUACCGUAACUCUCCUGUACAUUACGAUGCGGAAUCUAAACAAAACAAAAAUAAUCAAAGUAAAUUAUUAAGUUCAUUCAAUAAUUACAAUGCUGUUCAUCACGAUCAACAUCCUUUUCAUACAAAUAAUCCGCAAAGGUCACGAUCUUCUAAUAACAAUGAAGCAACAGAUCCUAUGUACAUCCAACUUCUAAAUGAACAGCGAGCCAAAGCAGAACCUCAGAAUUUUCAAACUGGUUCAGGUCAUCCAACACUAACACAUUCUGCGUCAUCGGGAAACGGUGAUAUUAUAACUAUUUGGGACACUUCCGAUGACUCGGGUGAACAACAAAAUAAAAACGUCCAACCAACUAUAUCUAUAAGUUUUGCAACGUCUACAAGUCCUGGUGUAUCAUUGAUCACAGAAGGGUUCUGUAAAGUAUGUUUAAAGAACACAAGGCUAAAAUGUUUCAAUUGUUACGGACCUUAUUACUGUGGUACAAGCUGUCAGGCCUAUGAUUGGCAAAUACAUCAGAAAAAUUGCCAGUCACCGAGACACAGUUGAACGAGGAAGAAAUCAGCACAACGGUCACGUAAAGCGUUAAUCAAAGAAAUUGAAACAUUAAUUUUAAUAUUGUUUUUUUUUUCUACACUGACGAGUCCUAUUAUUAAAACAAUGAUUUAAUAUGGAA